AUUUACAUUGUAACGAAAAUGACGUCUGCGUGCACCGGAAGUUCCGCUGCAGAGAUCCUCCGUGUCCUGGUAUGCUAUAUUGCGCGAAAUCUCGAACAGAAUCGUUGAAAGGACCUUCUACUUGCGAUACUGUACGUUGCACCAAUGGAUACGUGUGCACUUUAAAGGUUCGGCGAUGUCGUUGGGAUGAGACAAGGUGCGGCCAACAAAUUGCAAGAUGCGUAUCCCAGAAGGAAUAUCACGAAGGUCCUGCUUCCUGUGCUGGUUUCAAAUGCUCUCAAGGAAGUCAUUGCAUUCUUCGAGAAUCAUUCUGUGUUAAUCCUCCAUGUAAAUUACUGAGAAGCUGUGCGAAGAAUAAAGAAGUGCACCUUUGGUUCGGUAAAUGUCGAAUUUUGGGCUGUCCCUCUGAAUUUGACUGCUUCUUAAGAAGACCAGAAAAUACCUGUUUGAAACCACCGUGUAAACAUACCCCAGAUUGCGUGACAACAACAGAGAACGAAAUAACGAAUGCGCACUGUCGCGGCUGGAUAUGUCCAAGAAUGCAGAAGUGUUCGGCAAAAAUUACAGGAAACUGCAAAUUAAGCGACUGUACUAUUCAAAGAACCUGUCAUGAAGAGCCAUCAAAUUAUUCUUCAUCCUUUUCGAGAAGAUCUUUGAACAACGAAAAGGAUCACGUAUCUUCUAAAAUAGAAUCCAAGGUAUCUUGGAAUAAUAGUCAAGAAAAUAACGAAAAGAUCAAAAUUCCACAUCCAUGGUUAAGCCAUUUAAAAUCAAGAACCGAAUUAGAUGCCAUCGAACUUUGGGUCAAAAACGCUGAAGGACACAAAGAUUUCAAGCAAUUUCAAGAUUGGCUUCAAUCUGUCAAGGAUAUAUUGGGUCCUGGAACGUACCGCCGUUGGCUCGAGGAAAUUUUGUCCUCGAGAGGAGAAGAAUUUCGAAAAUGGCUACGAGCAUCGCAUGUCGACAAACUCGACGGCGAGAAACCUAUAUUUCCAAGAGGGCAGCGACCACAGGACCAGCGACCAUCUGUCCUGAUGGGAAAUCAAUAUCCUGAUACGGUGAACACUCCUUCACAAGUUUCAAACACAAAAAAAGAAGAGAUAAAUUCUUUUCUAGGCGAAAAAAAGUUAACAAACAUUAUAGAAAAACUUCUUGUUUCAAACAAAAUUUUGGAGGCUGCUCUUCUGAACAAUCUGAAGCAAUCCAAUCGCUCCCCUUUUUUCGAUCACAUUUACAAGUACCCUCUGCAUACAGGGAAACAAGAUUUAUCUUCUUUAUUACCAAAGAAUAAAAACAUGUAUGAACAACCCUAUUUUGUGUUUCCCGCGGGAAACAUGAAAGUCGUAGAAAGUUCUACGUUCAACGACCAGGAUUCUCGUUAUCAUGAUGAUUCCCAAAAUCAAAAUGGGAAAAGUUUGCAGAACGAAAAAGUGUCUAAAGAAGCUGGUUAUCUUUUCAAUGUUCCAGAGCCACAAAAAAAUUUGUCAUUUGUUGAGGAAAAAUCACCACCACUGAGAACUAAAUUAUAUGAAGAUUCUGAACAAAAAUCACGUCUAAAAGAAACGUAUAAUAAUGAAAACCCUAAUAUAAAAUUGACGGAUGAAGCUCAAUAUUUUGAUGAAAUUCCUACUAAUGCACUGGAAGAAUUGAUGAAGUCUUUGCAAUUUUCUUCGAUUAAAAAUGUGCCACAAAAUUUCAAUGACAAAUCUAUUGAAAGAUAUGAACAAAACACACCUACCGAAAUUAUACAAAAUGAAGAAUACCAUAACAAUUUAAAUGAAAAUGCUGAUCAUAAAGAUACGUUUAAUAACCAAAAUUCUAAAGGAAGAUCAGAAUUUUCUAGUUAUAAGGAUAGAAGUGGCAACUUUUCACAUAAUUUUACAUCAAACAUCCUUUUAAAUACAUUAGGUAACAUUUCGACUUAUAAUUACUCGGAAAAAUUAACUCACGUUAAUUCACCAGAAUCAAUAUUAAAACAAAAUAUCAAUGAGAACAACGAUGAAGUGGAUCUAAAUCUGUUUCUCAAGUUAAAUAAGGAAACUCUACUACCUUAUAUACAAAGUUUAAUGGAUGCCAUGAAUGAAGAGAAUAUUUCUCCUAUCAACAUGGAACCGAAUCUGGAAGCAACUUCAAUGAAGCAAUCUUUUGUAAAGGAUAAUAAUCCUCGAAUUAUAACUAAAAUCUCUAACAAAUUAAUACCUCGUGUAAUGUCACAGAAAAAAGUCGUUGUUGAUGAGAAGUCGUAUAACUUGAAUGUUAGUUACGAAUCUCAGUCUUUGAAAAAUGAAAAUCUUGAUGACUCCAUUCAAAAUGAAAUAAAAAGGGAUUCAACGGAGAAAAAUAACAGAAAGCUGCAAAACGGUUCGAGGACAACUGGGCUAAUUUAUGCGAACGAGGAACCUAGAAUUCGAUCACAUUACAGUCCACCGAGUUACGGUAUUAGCAAUGCUGGUGACAUUGACGACGAAGAUUACGAGCUCGAAACUAAUGGAAGAGAUUAUAUUGACGAAAAUAAUCGAGAAUCUGUCGUUGAUUACGUAAAAUGGGAUUGAUUCAAAUCAAUGACGUUGAUAUUUACAACUUUCUUAACAAAUAUAUUAUAAAUUGGUUUGUAUAAUUUUAUGAAUAUUAAUUGAU